UGGUUGCUAACAGCCACAAUAUGGCUGCUAAUUUAGUCAAGAGCAUGACAAUCCCAAUGCACUGCUAGCUAGCUUGAGCUAGGUGAUUUGGAUAAUUGAGAAUGGGUUCACUCAGCUGACGGGUGCAGCAGGAAAUAAACAUUUUAGAGACAUCUGUGUGAUGUAGUCAGCCCUUGUGGUCCCCUUCCACCAGCACCAACUUGUGCAAUUUUUACUAAAUGAUGAUAAAUGGCCCUGUGAGAUGUGUGAGAACAUGCUAAUGCAUCAUGGGAUGUGUGUGUACAUGUGUGUUGUCUUAUCGUCAGUAUAACAUAAAUGUGACGACAGGGCAGCACAGGAGUAAUUGUGAUAAGUCUGUACCAGGUCACCUUGCUUAUCCUGCUGUCCCCGUUUAUCCCAACAUCCUCUUGCACACUUUGUAAGUUUGCAUCAUUUGUAGGCGGUCAAACCGCAUGGGCCUGUGUGUUUUGUCCCCCCAAGCAGCCUAUGAAUUAUUGGAUGCCUAGUCCAAUCAGAUCCAGAGCAUCGCCCUGUGAGGCUAAUGCCUGGCCAGGUUUGCGUUAGCACACACACACUGUCUCUGAGCCUGCAGCGAUACUCUCAUCACUGGCAACACAGGAUGGGGGGGGCAGAGCAGCAGGCUGGCUGUGUGCACAUGACUGCGCAGCGUUGUGGCAGAAGAAGAGUGAGAGAUGAGAGAGAGAGAGAGAGAGAGAGAGAGAGAGAGAGCGAGAGCGAGUGGGGGCUCUGAUGCAGAGGAGAGAAGCUGUAAAUAUAGGAAGCUACAUGCAGUGGAGAGCAGAAGAGAGUGGCAAGCAGACAGACAGCGGCGGGCAGAGUCGGGCCUAAGAAAUGGUUGCUAACUCAGCAGAGCACUGAGGGCUCAGGCUAAGAUUACAGACAAAGUGGACUGGCGGACCGCUGAGCACUUGUCCCUCUCAAUUGCCACUGGGAGAGGAGUUGACACAGCUGGGCAAGUUGCUAUAGCAGUGUGGACUAAACAGUAGGAGUCUAUUUUUGGUCCUGCUGUCAGAUGACGAUGUCACUUUGCACAAGUGGCGGGGCUGGUGUGGGGCAACAGGUUGCCUGAAGUGGGCUGCAAAAAUAUGUCAGGGGUGGAUAAGGACGAGGAACCUGCUUACAGACUGUACUUCUAUUCUGCAUCUUUUCAGCGCUCCAACAGCCAUGACAAGGUGAGGAAGAUCGUCGCCGAAGAAGGCCGCGCCGCUCGAAACCUCAUCGCCUGGAGUGUUCCUCUGGAGAACAAAGAGGAGGAAGCAAAGUCCAAAAGCAACUCCAGUGGCAGCUCCAAGGCCCAGAGGAUCAACGCUGCUCAGCAAAGGAACAAGAAACAGAAUGCUGGAGUCGAAAAUAAAGGCACGGCUGGUGUCUCGUCGGAUAAGGGGCCAGAGAAGAGCCCCACCAAAGCCAGACAGCCCCGCAAGGUGGACUUGCGAGCGCGCUACUGGGCUUUCCUCUUCGACAACCUGCGUCGAGCUGUGGACGAGAUUUACGUCACCUGUGAAUCCGAUCAGAGUGUCGUAGAAUGCAAGGAGGUGUUGAUGAUGUUGGACAACUACGUACGGGACUUCAAAGCUCUCAUAGACUGGAUCCAGCUCCAGGAGAAGUUGGAGAAAACAGAUGCCCAGAACAGGCCCACGUCGUUAGCCUGGGAGGUGCGUAAGAUGUCUCCAGGACGUCAUGUGAUGCCGAGCUCCUCAGCGGACAGAAUGGUUCCUUCUCCAGGUGCACGUCGCGCCCUCACCUUUGGUGGUCCCCCACCUACACUGGCUGCAGCCCGGCUUUGCCACGCAGGCCCCAGCUGGGCGGACCGGGUGAAGUGUACUCAGUCCGUCCCGAGCUCCAGUCAGCAAACCAACGCCCCUGUAGAGAAACUGGGUAAAAAGGAUGCUGAGGGCUGGGAGACGGUCCAGCGAGGACGUACUGCCAAGCCCCGCUCUGCCGUCAUAGUUUCCACGGUCAGCCCCGUCUUGGUUCAUGUCCCCCCAAAGCAGGACAGCGUCAAGUGUGACCAGUCACUUCUGCCACCAAAGGAGGAGCAACAACUCCAUCCUCUGUGUCCCUCGGACGAGGACACGACCCUGAAGGACGCUGAGCAGCCGGGCCCCGUGGAGCCCGACCCCCUGGACAAAGCUGGAUGUCCAGAGAACGGGAACACGAUUGAGCCCCCAGCAGAGAGUGUAGAAGACUCGGUGCAGUGUGUCAACGCACCCUGUGAAGACGCGCCUCCCCCCAUACCAGCUCCUACCCCUUCCCAAGCCCCAGAGCCCCCCCCAUCCUCACCAACAGACAUUACCUUGUCAGUCCCGGUCCUCCCUGCUCCGGCCCCCUCAACAUCCCCAGACCUUCCCCAGACGGAUGGGCUUGGUGCUCUGUUGGCCUUUGGGGACAGUGUGGCUGAGGGUGGCGUGUCGCAGGGCAUGGCCACAUCUGCUCCAGGACAGGCUGAGACUCCCGAGACAGCCGUGAAACUGGAGAGUGUGUUGGACCCCACAGAGCUUUCUACUCCACAGUCCAUGGCCGAGGUCUUGGCCAAAAAAGAGGAGCUUGCCGACCGACUGGAGAAAGCCAACGAGGAGGCGAUUGCCAGCGCCAUUGCUGAGGAGGAGCAGUUGACCAGAGAGAUCCAGGCCGAGAACAACGACCUGGACACUGACAACGAAACAGACUUCUCUGCUAGCAUCGGCAACGGCGUUGGAGGUGUCAAUAUUGAUUGGUGUGAAAUGCUGGCGGAUUAUGACGCCCGUGAGCCAUGGCGUCAGAGUACCUCAUGGGGGGACAUAGUAGAGGAAGAACCCGCUCGGCCUCCUGGACAUGGAAUCCACAUGCACGAGAAAUUGUCCUCACCAUCACGCAAAAGAACCAUUGCAGAGUCAAAGAAGAAACAUGAGGAGAAACAGCUGAAGGCACAGCAGCUGAGGGACAAACUCCGGGAGGAAAAGACGCUCAAACUGCAGAAGCUCUUGGAGAGGGAGAAGGAGGUGAGGAAAUGGAAGGAGGAGUUGUUGGAGCAGCGUCGGAGGAUGAUGGACGAAAAGCUGUUACACGCAGAGUUAAAGCGAGAGGUUCAGCUCCAGGCGAUUGUGAAGAAGGCUCAAGAAGAAGAGGCCAAGGUGAAUGAAAUCGCAUUCAUCAACACUCUGGAAGCCCAAAACAAGAGGCACGAUGCCCUGGCCAAGUUAAAUGAGUAUGAGCAACGCCUCAACGAGCUGCAGGAUGAGAGACAGCGGAGACAGGAGGAGAAGCAGGCCAGAGAUGAGGCGGUGCAGGAGCGUAAACGGGUCCUGGAAGCAGAGCGGCAGGCCCGGGUGGGGGAGCUGCUGGUGCGGAGGAAGGAGCAGGAGGCUCGUAUUGAACAGCAGAAGCAGGAAAAAGAGAGAGCUCGAGAAGACGCAGCACGGGAAAGAGCCAGAGAUCGAGAAGAGCGUCUGGCUGCUCUUAGUGCUGCUCAACAGGAGGCCAUGGAGGAGCUGCAGAAGAAAAUACAGCUGAAGCAUGAUGAGAGCAGCCGCAGGCAUAUGGAGCAAAUCGAGCAGAGGAAGGAGAAGGCUGCUGAGCUCAGCAGCGGUCGACAUGCUAACACAGACUACGCCCCCAAACUGACACCCUAUGAGCGCAAGAAACAGUGCUCCCUGUGCUGUGUUAUGAUCACCUCAGAGGUGCACCUGUUCAGCCACACCAAGGGCAAGAGGCACCAACAGGCCGUGCGAGACAGUAGCAGCAUCCAAGGACGGGAGCUCUCUGACGAGGAAGUGGAGCAUCUUUCCUUGAAGAAAUACAUCGUGGAUAUAGUGACGGACAGCUCUGUGUCUUCUGAGAGCAUGAAGGAUGGAGAAGAGAGGCAGAAGGCACGGAAGAAAGCUAAGAAGCUCCGUGCCAGAAUGAACUCCAGGGCGAAGGAAUAUGAGCGGUCAGUGGAGGCAAAGACACAGGUCCCCGAGUCCCCGUACAAGGCCAAGUUGCAGCGCCUGGUGAAGGACCUGUUGAAGCAGCUGCAGGGUCAAGACAGCGGCCAGAGCGCCAACAACAAAGUGUCUGGUCUGGACCGAACUCUGGGAGAGAUCUCUCGCAUCUUAGAGAAACAGAACAAUGCAGACCAAGUGGCCUUCCAAGUAGGCGGCGGCCUGUCGGCUCUGGAACAAAUUCUGCAGGUCGUUGCCGCUGCUUCCACUCCCACUGCAGUUCCUCGUAUUCCUCUCAAGUCCCUCUGUGCUGCUGUAAACACCUACUACCUGGCAUGUUCCUGCUGCCCCCCCAGCUGCUCAUAUGUGCUGUUUAGCAACAAGAUAGCUCUCCUCAUGGACCUGCUGCUGCAUCAGCUAACACUAUAUGUCCCAGAUGAGGACAAAUCUAUUUUCGGGCGCAGUGUGAACAAACAAGUCUUUGAGGGUUUGACGACGGGAUUGUUGCAGACCAUCGCUACCAUCCUCGGGUCCCUGUGGCCGCAUAUCUCUGAGUCUGGACAAGGUGAAAACACAUGGAUUUCCUCCCCAGAUGCCAAGGUCAAGAGCUCUGCCACAGAGUCCUUCAACACUCGCACACAAGACCUAAUCAGCUAUGUAGUGAACAUGGGUCUGAUCGACAAGCUGUACGGGUGCUUCUUGUCGAUCCAAGGUCCUGUAGACGAGCUGCCCAAGAUGUCUGCUUUCCUCCAGCAAGCCUCGGCUCUGCUGCACAGCAUGUGUAAGCUGUGUUUUGUCGUAACCGGACGUGCUCCCAGUAUAUUUGACAAUAAACGCCAGGACCCGACUGGAUUGACGGCCCUGCUGCAGUCCACAGACCUGGUGGGAGUGGUGCACACGCUGUAUUGCAUCCUGCUGCAUAGUUUCUCGCCAGAGUCUUCUUCCCAGAGUCAGGAGCCCUAUGGCCCCGGGGUCAUCCAGGUGGCUUUGCAAGGCAUCCGCUUCCUCAACAGUUUUGCCCUGCUUGACCUGUCCGCCUUCCAGUCUGUUCUAGGAGCCGAGGGCCUGUCUCUGGCCUUCCGACACAUCGUCAGCUCCCUGCUCUGGUACUGUACCCAGCAUUCCUCUGAAGAGCUUCUGCACGAAGUCAUCGUCUGUGUGGGAUACUUUACCGUUAACCACACAGACAACCAGGUGAUAGUGCAGUCUGGCCGCCAGCCCAGCGUGCUGCAGAAACUGUGUCAGCUGCCCUUCCAGUACUUCAGCCACCCGCGCCUCAUCCGAGUGCUCUUCCCCUCCCUCAUCUCGGCCUGCUACAACAACUCCCAAAACAAGGUCAUUCUGCAGCAGGAGAUGAGCUGUGUGCUGCUGGCUACGUUCAUUCAGGACUGUGCUGCAAAUGAGAAAGAUUCAGACAACAAAAUAAAGCCCGGAGUUUCCCAGCUGCUGGAUUACUGCGAGUUGUCUAACCGCUUUCCAAGAGACCAGUGGGACUCAGCGCUGCAGUUCUUUCUCAAGAAGCAGGAAGAGUGAUGCACACUGUCCUCAGAAUGGAUAAGCACAGUAUGAACAUUUCAAAAGAAACAUGUGGACUUUUGUUUUUUUCUCUUUUUUCCACAAUUUUAAGUCUGCACACGAGCAAAUAUGUUCUUCAGACUUUGCCAGUUGUGAAGCCUUAUCAUAUGUUGGUGUAUCUGUUUUGAUUUCUUUGAAAUCAGUUUGAUGUUUAUGAUUAUUUGCACAAAAUGUCUUCAUUGUUCAUUGCAGUUAGAACACAUGCACAGCUAUUCCAUUUAAAGUCUAUACAAGCCAUUUGUUUAUCUUUGUGUCCCUGUUGUAGAUAAAAAAAAAAGAUCCAUUUCAAAGCAGGGACCAUCUAAAUCUGAAACAUUUACUUAUACUGUAAUUUAUCAUUUGCCAAGUGUUUCAUGAAUACUGUUUGUGUUAAUUUAUUAUAUUUGUCUCAUGUUUGAAUGUGAAUGGCCAGAAUUAUUAUUUGUAGUCUACAUGAUGUCCGUUACAAGUUACGUGGCAUGCCUUGAUUGCCAGCUCAGAAUGAUCCUUUUCAAGUUCACAUCUUUGUCUCUUCUUUAUCUCUGUUAGGAGGCAAACUUACAAAUUAAUAUAAUUUAUUGAGUUAUUUACCUUCAUGUGAAAUAAAAUACUUAUGGCUAUA